AUGGACCUCGACAGCUAUGAUAUCAACCAGCCCAAUACCUCCAGUCCCCCGCUGCCCUCCUCGUCACCUGCCAGCAAUCUUCUCUCGCCCACAAGAUCGUCUCGACGCAAGGAGAGACGUGCUCCUUCGGUAACACCAAGACGAUUUGGUCGCUUCUUUACACCGCGAAACUCGGGACCUAUCACAGGCCGACGUAUCCUUGCCAGCGUCGACUCCGAAGAGCUCAACCGGCAACCCAACUCGCCACACUCUGUAUUUAGCGACGCUCUACACUCGGACGCCAUUGAUUCAUCACCAAUUCAGAGUCCUAGUGCCAGGAAAAGGGGCAGCCCCGGUCAUGGAGAGCCGAUCGCUUCGAGGAGAGGCAUUGCCCUCAAUGAUAUGGCGCCGCCACGCCUGAACUUUCCUCCCCGGCAAAAGGAAUCCUCGCAGGAUGUCUUGGGCGAGUGGAGGAGCAAGACUCUGAAUCGGUUCUUCAAAACAAGCCGCGGACUGGAGACUCCACCAAAGGACAAACUUGUGCGUGAUGCACUCGGCGGGCCGCCAAACAAGCGACACCGCGCUGAGUCUCCUGAGCGUCAUGUACCUGUACCUACCCGCAAGCUGGCGAAUCGCGGCCUCGAGGCUCAAAUUGCGCACAGAGCACAUGGCGAUGCCUGCUUUCCGGGCAAGCAGUAUCUCGCAUACCCUGCUGCUGACCCGAGAUUCGAGACUGCCAACUUCUACAGCAACAAGGAGGAUCACGAGACCAUUUUGAGCUACGAAGGACCGGGCGAAACAACACCAUUCUGCCAGGCUAGCUUUAACAGCUCGUCGGUGACGGCCAUUGGCGAUGAGCAGGGUUACGUCAGACUGCUCAGAACUGAUGGAUGGUGUAGCAGCGCAGGGAAAGUCGAGUCGUUCUUCAAAGCGCAGGAUAAUGCCAUUAUCGAUAUGGACAUAUCGGCUGAUGACAUGAGGCUCGUGACGGCCUGUGGCGACUGGUCUGGCCGUGUGUUCGACAUGACGACGCAGAGUGCGGCAGUGAACCUCAAAGGCCACGCAUCCGGCAUGCGUCAGGCCCUUUUCCAGCCAGGGCGAUCGAACGGCGACGUCCUGGCGACGGCAGCAAAGGACGGAUGCAUUAACAUAUGGGACCUUCGGUGUAGCUCGCUCCCGGUCAACACCUUUUCGACAAUGGCUGGCGACGACAGUCAGCAGGCGAGACGGCGGAAUCUGAACCUCGAUAUCCUGGAUGCCAAGCCUACCAAUCCCAUGACGCUGGCCCACGUUCGCGUCGCAAACGGCGGCCAGAAUCCUGCAUCCAUCACAGCGCUGCAGUGGUUUCCCUCCGGCCGCGAGCACCUCCUCGUCUCCGGUUCCGAGUCUUCAGCGGCCAUCAAGCUGUGGGACAUGCGCUGUAUCAAGCCUCGCAACCGCGAGCAAGCGGCACCCCUCGCGAUCACGGCCGAGCCCAGACAUCACACCUUCCGCUCAUACGGCCUGACGUCUUUGGCAUUGAACGGCGACGCCACCCGUCUGUAUUCAGUCUGCAAGGACAACACCAUUUACGCCUACUCGACGGCUCAUCUCAUCCUCGGUCACGCCCCCGAACUCGUGGACAGCUCCAUCAAGCGCAAGCCUCGUGGCGUACAGGGGAUCGGACCUCUUUAUGGCUGGAAGAAUGAGCGUCUCAGCGGUAUCACCUUUUGGGUCAAGAGCGCCCUGCGUCGCGCGAACGGCUCCCAAGCCGAGAUAUUGGCUGUGGGCGGAAACGACAAAGCGCCUGUGCUGUUUCCUACCGACGAAGGAUUCAUGAAGAGCGCUCUCGCGCAACAAAACCACAUUAUGGAGACAUGCUCUGCGGCGUCAAUGGCACCGUUACUCUCAGCGUCGAGGUCGACGCCAUCGAGCCUGACGCCAUCUACUGCCAACAUCCCCAUCUUCAAAUGCGGCACAGCCCUUGUCAACGGCCAUGAGAAGGAAGUGUCUACUGUCAGCUGGACGCACGACGGCAAACUGGUCUCGCUGUCGGACGACAGCAGCGUGCGACAUUGGCAGGGCGAUGACGGAGGCGACAGGGCGAGGUACCUCCGGGGCGUUGGUGACUUUGGCGGCGAGAGGUGGAACUGUGGCUGGGCAGAUGUCGGUGCCGACUGGGACGAAGACGAGUGUUGA